CUAGAUCGUUGGUUCAGUUGGAAGUUGGAGGUCGUCGUCCAUGGAGGUCAAGAGGAUGCCGCGCGGCGUCCUGGACCUGGAGGCGCAAUUCGCCUUCUUCCGGUCGCAGCACCGCCACCCGGUAAACGCCGCCGCGCACGCGCUGCUCGCCGGCCCCAUCCUCUUCACCAACCUCCUCAUCCUGCACUUCCUGCCCCUGCCUUCCCCGCUCGACCCGGCCCUCGCCCUCUCCCUCGCCUACGCCGCCGCCUACCUCCUCGUCGACCGCCGCGCCGGGGCCCUCGCCGCGCUACUCUUCCUCGCCGCCUGGGCCGCCAGCCGCACCCUCGCCGCCCGCCUCGGCUUCGCGCUCUCCUGGAAGGUCGUGCUGGCCACGCAGCUCUUCUGCUGGACCUGGCAGUUCCUCGGCCAUGGCCUCUUCGAGAAGAAAGGGCCAACGGUGAGCGAACUUCCUGAGGUGUUCUUGAUGGAGCCAUUCCUCAUCUUGCUGCAGAUACUGAACAAGCUGUUUGGCUAUGAGCCAUACCCUGGAUUCAGCAAGAACGUGGACAGGAAGAUGGCCGCCGAUCUCAGGGAGAGUAGAGAACUCGAGCAGAGGAAGAUCAGCUGAUCAGAUUUGUUCGGUCGAUGGGAGCGAUGCCUGGAUUCUUGUAUAAGUAGCAAACUAUGCCUACGUUUGUGAUGUCUAUGCAUGUUUUUUUUAGAUAUGCCUUGUCUAAUAAAGUGAACAACGAAACUUUCUGAA